CUAACCAUUGGUUACUAACAUAUGAGAAACUAAAUCUGGACCUUUAGAUCUAAGUAGGUCCGGAAAAUUCAUAUCUAAGUGUUGUCAAUUAAAGACAUUUUAUUUUUCCUAGUUUUCAUAAUCGGCUCAUAUUUUCUUCAUUUUAACUCGGAUUUCAAUUUUUUUACACACAUGGAACGAGUUCGUUGUGCUCUACAAAAUGAGAUCAAGUUUCAAUAUUUUUCGAGAAACUUUUUUUUUAUCAACUACAUACCAUAUGGUAACUUCUUCGUUUUUAAGUCGUUAUUGAAAACGUUUUCUCAUAAGGAACGAGUUUAUCAUGAUCUAUUGGAUCUACAAAUUUCUGGGUGAAAAAAAUAUUGGACUAAAAAUUACCAUACUUUACCACUAUGGUAUGUGGGUAGUAACUUACGAUAAACAAUGAUGAAAGUCGUAAAUGACAGUGAGUAUACUCCUACUAUCAUAUAUUCAACUUUCUUACCAUAUUGGUAUGUUCAUACCAUCAUGGUACGUUUUCUUACCAUAUGGUAUUAAAUAUGAGCAUACCAUAUGGUAAUGACUGGUAAAAAAUUAUUCAAUUUUUUUCUACUAAAAAUAUAUCAAAGUGGAUAUCAUUUUAAAGAGCACAUUUAAUCUGAUAUAUCUGUGCAAAAAAAUUUAAAUUUCGACUUAAAACGAGAGAGAAAUCGUCCGUUAAAGAUUAAAGGAGAAAAGAUAAAAGACUUUCCAGGAGAGAGGAAAUGCUGAUGUCAUGCUGAUGUGGAUAGGUUGCUGAUGGUUACUCACCAUAAGAGUUACUGACCUGAUCCGCUCCCGAUAUAUAGACGUCAUCGUAUAUGAGUUAUAAUUAGAUCUUCUCGGAUUUUGUAACGUUUAGUGGAAGGGAUCCCGACGCACUAUGAGGGAAACAUAUGUAUCCCAAUAGAGACUAUGCUCUUAGACCUUAGUAAACUGUUGCAUGUCACUUGUCGUUAGGGGUUGGCAACGACGCGGUUUACACCGGAUCCUAAAUCGUAUUGAAUCAAUAUUUGGACCGAAUUAGAUUAUAUCGAAUAUAAUUCGAUUUGGUUUUAUGUCUUAUUUUAAGUAUGAAGAAAAAUUAAAAAAAUUGAAUUUGGACCUGAUCUAACCAAAUCAAAUGAAUUAAACACGCUAUUGAUUAAAUUAUGGUCCUCUUUUUUUCCUGCCCCGUCCUAUUUCACUUCGAUCUCGUUCUGGACUAAUCCAUCGAUACCCACACCUACUUUCUCAGAUCCCUUCAUAACAAGUUGAUUGGGCUUGUUGUACAAUUAUUUGAGAGGGACACAGUUGUACAAAUUCGGGCUAUCCCUUUGCCAAGGCAUCCGGUACAGGCUAGAUUUGUCUGGCACCAUGAGAUCUCUAGUUCCUACGCGGUUCGUUCGGGAUAUCACUUAGCUUCGGACCUUAGGCGGUGUCGAGAUGUUCAAACUAAACAAGAGCCUCUGAUUUGCGAUACUGUUCUGUGGGGUAAGGUCUGGGAUGCUUCGAUGCCAACUAAGUUUCAAUUCUUCUUUGGAAAUUGUUGCGGAGAGUUCUCCCCACAGGAGGGGUAUUUCUGUGCCCAUGUGUUUAUGGGAGGUGGAAUCUGCUAAACAUUUAUUUUCCAUUGUAGAUUGGCUUGGGGUUGUUUGGGAGGCUUAUGGGCUUGGUUAUCUUCGUGAUUAUUUUCCAACUUGCUCGAUGGAAGUUUUCUGGCGAAGAUUUCUUGACCAAGAAAACUUGGAGGGAGAGAUGCUUAUGUGUGUGUUCGCCCUCUUCUGGCAUAUAUGGAAAGGUCGAAAUUGGGUGGUUUUUGACUCCAUGUUGUUCACGUCAUUUGUGUUGCUCUCUCAGUUCAAUAGAUAGAAAGUGGAGUGGGAGGUGGUGGCUUUGACCAAUGGGUCUACACAUUUUCCUCCUCCUAGGAACGGGCUGAGAGGGGGCCAGGGAGGUGGCAGUGUGGGUGUUCACGGAUGGGGUCAAUAGUUCGGGUUUCCAUGGUGCAGAUGGCAGGGUGAUGCAGGACGCCUCAGGAACGCUGCUCGGUGAUGAAGCCUGCUUGUACCUGAACGUCCAAGAUGCUUUCUUGGUGCGCUUCUAGCCUUGAGCGAUGGGAUCCGUUGGACGCUUGAGAUGGGUAUGCAGAAUGUCGUUUUUGCCGAAGAUGCUCAGGUGGUGCUGGACAAGGUUAAGGAAGGUUGGUAUUCGGAUGCUCGUGGUGGGGCGAUUUUGAGCGAGAUCAAGUUAUUGAGACAAUGUUUCCACCAAUUUAGUGUUUGUUUUGUUGGUCGUGUUCACAAUAGGGCGGCCCGUAUAAUGGUAAAAAAAACCCUUUUAUUGUUCCCUAGUUUGAUAGAGUUCGAUUUUCGUUACUGGCUUUGGUCGACCAACUGACUCUACUGUAUCUUGGUUAUCUACACAUAAUAUAAUACGCCGGAGGGAAAAACAGGAGCCCCAUUUCAAAUUUCCUGCAAAGAGAGUGAAAGUAGGAAGGAUAUUUUGGUCUUCACAAUUACUUUUUUUAUUCGUUAAGAAGACACGUACUGUAAUUCAAACCAUGACCAUUUUAAAGAAAAGCAAGGAUCAUAACCAAUCACACUAAGUAGAUUUGUUGUAUCUUUUUAAAUUAAAAACAUAUAAUAGCAGGGAGGAAAAAACCCUUCCCCCCAUUUCAAAUUCUCUGCUCCACAAGCGUUUGUAGGAAGGGUAGAAUAGGGAGUGUCAAUUUUUUUCUCUUUCCUCUGUGGAACAGGCCAACUUACCGUACACAUGCGGAUUUUAACGGGUCCAGGAGUGUCAAUUUUUUUUUCUUUAAACCCUUUUAUUUCUCCGUGGUGAUAAAAUAUAUAUAAAAAGACAAAAAUAAUACUCCCUUUUAUUACUAAAAAUAAAAAAUUUAACAAUAAACUAAUGCAUGGUAUCUAAUGGGCUAACCGCUAACCAUAAAAUAAAAGAGUUGAAUGGGCCUGACCUACACGGGAUUUGGCCAUCAAGUAAAACAAAUGAACAUCAUUGGUUUGCCAUUCUAAAACAAGCUAUUUUCUCUGGCAUAAUAUAUAUUAUGCUAUUAUUUUAUAUCUUAGUGGCUAAAAUAUAAUGUAUUUUAAAGUUAUUCAAUGGUUCAACCUCGACCAACCCAAUUGGUCCAAUUUGUAUCAUUUUAAAUAUAUAUUAUAUAAUUAUUUGAUAUCAUAAUGAUCAAAUUAUAGUGUAUUUUAUAGGGAAUCGUUUGGUAUUUGAUAGUAAAAAACUAAACAGAAAGAUCUAUUUGGUUAUUUUAAACAUUAAAAAGAUCCUAAAUAUUUUCAAUUCCUUUUGAAUUUCUAUGGUUUUAUUCCCGAAUAAGUGAUGUGCAAAUGAGGAAUUGCAGUCAUCUCUUUUCUUUCACUAUUUUUUAUUUUCAAAUAGAAAGUUUAAAAGUAAAGAAUAAUUAGAAUUUGGUAUGGGUCGGUCAAACAGACUGAAUUUCAAGUUUUGGCCCGUUUUGAUCAAGUCUAAUUUAUAAUCACAUGGUUCUCUGAUACCCGAUAAAAAUCUCAAUCCAAACCAGUUUGGCAGGUGAGCCCGUGUUUACCACCAUUUUCUAGGGAUACGACAACGGUGGUUCCUAUCCCAAAUCGUGUUGUUCGUUCUUGAUUUCCUUAGAUUUUAUCAUGGCAUGACAAAAACCAGAAAGCACAAUGACGACAAGAUGAAAGUUUUAUAAAGCAAAUUAAUCGGCCAACGGGCCGAGUAAAAGCUAGCAACGAUUGUGAGAUGCUCAUUUCCCGAAAACCGACGGGAUAGGCAAUUUUUUAUUCAAUUUUCUGGAAUUCGGUUUCUAUAAAACUUACUCCACCUCAUCAUAUUACAAUAUUGCUUCACGAGGUAACAGGUACUUGAUUUUGGUUCAUAAGACUGAUUUUUGAUUCGUUGCAUCAUUCAUGUCUCUUUCCUGCUAAAAUUCACUAUUUGUAUCACGUGUUUAAAAAAAACUAUACAACAAUAAGUUAUACACCCAUUACAUUAUCAAAUUUCAUACCUCACCUUCCUACGACCAACUGGCCGGGUCCCACGCUAGUCUCGUUCUAGAUGAAGUAUCUUUUGGCGGGGGAAAAAAAGUUGAUCGGCCUUGUGGCCAUUGUGGGUAGGGCUGUUAAUGAGCCGAGCCGAGUCGAGCUUUGCCUUGUUCAUGUUCGGCUCGUUUAUAAACGAGCCGAGCUUGAGCCCGACUCAGUUAUUAACGAGCCGAGUCGAGUCGAACACGAGUCAGCUCAUUUAUUAAAUCUUGACACAUCGUUAAGAUCGAACGUUCGGCUCGAGCUCAACUCUAAGAUAAUCUAUAAUAUAAAUACCCUAAUAUU